AUGGUACUCUCCCUCUAUGACUACCCGGACGAAUACCGACCGAGUGACUUCGGUAGCAAACGGGUAGUCGGUCGUUCGGACGGUGACGCGAGUCCUGCGAGUCUGACCGAGAAUAACGACGACUACAUCGAAGAGGAGACGCCUAGGAAACGGGUUAGAAUCCGCGUUCCGGUUGUCAGGAAGAACGCAAGACAGCACAAGCUGACCGUCGUCAGACGCAGACCUUUAAACUCGAGGACCCAGGAUCUACCGUUGGUUACCUCGAGCCAUAUACCGAGAAGAAUCGUUGUCACCAGAGUCAGGACUCUCGGUCUAGCUAAUUCGAUACGCACGGAUGAGAUUGAUAGUUUCAGACCCGAGUCUGAGACUUCUAGACCCGAGCUUGGACGACACAAAGUGACCAUCACAAGACGUCGAAAGAUCGAACCGACUACCACUGUUCUACCGACUAUCGGCGAGAAGAGAGUCAGGAUCACGAAGAAGAAGCUGGUCGCUGUCAGACCAGUGCAACCUACGCCGAGUUUCGCUAUCAUCACUACUGGAUUCUUCACCGCCUCGACGUCCGAGUACGAUGAGGAUUACUCGGAGGAGAUUAGCGAGGAGGAAGAAGAUUCCAAGCUGCAGGUAACCACCACUUUUACGCCCGAAUUGGGCGAACCGCCGAAUGUCAUCGAUAAUAAACCGGACAAGGAAACCUCUGCUAGGCCAGAUCAGACCCAAUCGAAGGUAUUGGACGAGACCGAUGCGAAGGAUCCUGUUAUUAUUACCGACAAUUUCUUCCUUCCACCAUCUGACGACGAGUACGAAGUGUACGAGGACGACUAUCCGGAAACUACGACAACAGCGAGUGCCGAAGAAUUAAUGAACGACGAUGUUCCAACAACUAAGACACCAAAGGAUGAAGCAAACAUUCUGCCCACCAAGGAUGAUGUUACAAACAUUUCUGAAACGCCUGAAAAUGAAAACGUAACGACAGAGAAGCAUGUUAAAGAAGAUGACACGUCUGAAGAUGUAAUAUCGACGACUGUGGAACCGACGGAAGAUUCAACCGUAUCAAUAAAAGACGAAAACACGACCACGCAGCCAGAAAGUAUCGACACAACUGUACAGGAAGAUGGUUCCACCACUGCUCAACCUGAAGUCGAGGAAGAAGAAGUAGACGAACACGUAACGACAGUCAAGAUGAUAGAAACAACAGAAUCUAUAGAUCAAACGACGGUUACGAACAUUCCUGAAACACAAUCGGAUACAACCAAACCCGUUGAACAAGAAGUUACAACAACCGAGAAAGAAGAGGUAUACGAUGAUACCGAGCACCCUACAUCAUCAACCACAGAAUCAACCGAAUCGCAGACCCCAUCAGAAUUCAACGAUUCCUCGUCAGUUGAGAAAGAAGAUUCACCUGUAAAGGACACCGAAUCACAAGUUACCGUCACACAAACAUACUCCAAAGAUUCUUCAUCAGAGACCCCUCAAGAUCCACCCGAAAAGGAGAAGGAACUCCAUAUUUCAACUGUCCCAAGUGUCCAUCCAGAAACAGAGAAAUCUCCAUCCGACGACAAACACGAACCCGUUGAAACGACUCCAGAGACUAAGAUAGAGUCACAAGAAAUGGAAGAAGCACAGACAGUGCAGCCAAUUCAGCCCCUCAUCGAACCCGCCCCAUCUUUAUCCGCCACUUCAUCAGCCACAUCGUCAUCGGUCGACUUAGCGUCCAGUUUCGCCAGUGUCCUGCCUCUAGAGACCUCCCAGUCGGUGUCAUCCGAUUACGCAGCUCCUAGAUACCUAGACGAUUCCGAGAUACCGAGCGUGAUUCCCCUGGGAGUCGAAUACACCCCCUCGACAACCACGAAGAGGACCUCGAUGGUCCUCGAAGCGACCCCCAGCCACGAUCCGGCCAAGGUGACGACCACGAUCUCGUCACCGACACCCGAGGACAUCGAGGCUGGCUUAGCCGACGAUCUUUAUCUAUCCCUGUCGCGACCAGACUUCCCCCAGAUCUUACCCUCGAAACCAAGCAACGUCGAACACCAGACACGACCGACCACCGACCUUGAACCGAGCACGAGCGUGUACUAUACGGAGACUGUCGUGACAUCGACGCGAUUGAGGACGUACACGUACGUGGUGACGCAACAGAACGGACUGGAGACGAAAGUGACGUCCUCGACGACCGUCAGACCGAGAGUGACCACACUUACGUUGACGGUGCCCGUCACGGUGACUGUAACUCCUACCGUGGAGUCGUCAGCGAACGGCGUUUCGUCUGUGUAUAGUCCGGUGCCUGAUGCUGGCGAACACGAAGGAAAAGAUGAAGAAGGUCGAAGGUUCAACCUGGCCACUCGUGUAAUGUCGAACGGCGUCGAGGUAAUCGUGGCCGGUCCGACGCCGGCUUUGCGAUGGGAGAACUCUAUGCCUCAACCCACGCUGACAUUGUCCGACGCGGUUGUCAUGAUGCUUCCUCAAGAUAAGCCGAAUGAUUUUGUCACGAAGACGUGUACCACCACCUUCACGUACCUCACCACGAUCACCAAGGACGGUACGACUACCGUUUCGACGGAGCAACAGGUCGUGGCGAACACUGCGACAGAGGAACGUCACCGGAAACCCGGAUCAGAAACUGCCGCGGUAACGCUAGAAGCGUCGCCAACCCUGCGAACAGAAGUCUUUAAGACGACUUACACGUACCUGACACUGAACACGGAUCAUCCGAACAUAAACGACGCGCUGGAAAGCAGCACGAAGGUGAUCACGAACACGGUGACCGCUCCGCAACAUUAUUUGGACAUGAUAUUGGAGCCCUCUGAGGCGCCCAGACCGGAAACGAACACGUAUCUCAGUACAAGAAUGCUGGAGAAGACGUUUAUGGAGGAUGGACGAACAAGGAUCGAGACCAGUAGCGAUACUGUUACUCAGCUUAUAAUAACAGAAUCCGUGCCACCGCCACGUCCGACCAGUGUCACGACCACUCUAACGGCGCUGGAUCAUACCGAGGAGAGCAUGACCGAUGUAAUGAAAACUUAUUAUAUUACCUAUACGUAUUACAAUACGUUCCUGGAGAAAGGCAGCACGGUUGUACGAACAAACGUGGCGACGUCCACGGACGUCGUGCUGGAGAAAGUCCCCGUGAAGAAGACAACGAAGACCUCAUUGGUGAACCCGACCCCAGAACCAAUUCAAAUCUUCGCGACGAAGACAUACCUGACAACCUUCACGUACUUCACGACGCUGCUACAGGCUGGAGCAGACGGAGAAACGUCCACCACAGUGUCGUCACGAUCGCACAUCGUGGAGAACGUCGUCACGGAGUCGAUAGCGCCCAGUUUGUUGGACGCUGGUUAUAUGAACGCUUUGUUAACGACGGCUCACCAUUCUGACUCAGUGAAGAACGUGGUGACUGGAUCAACGAUCAUCUUCUUCGACGAAGAGGACCAGAUCGAUCCCACUACCACUACAAACCUCCCGGAGGCGACUUCCACGAUCGAGAUCCAGAAUGACGAGGCGAGUCUGGCAGCGACCGAAGUGUUUGCUGUUGACAAUGAAACGAAUCCGAAGCCCGCUGGACAGAUCAGUCAUGAUAAUAACGUGACAGCAUCAGCCUCCAGUGAGAACGGUCCGAACAAACGACCACCCAAUCAGAACACAAGCGAUCUACAAGUGAGCAAUCUUUUGAGCCUGGGAUCAUUGGGGAUCAACAGUUUGUCGGCUCUGGGACCGGUGAUUACGGCGAUGGCCGGUUUGUUGCAAGGAAAACCAUCCGUGACUCGCCGUAACGACACGGUAGCACAAAAUGAGGCGCAAGAGGUCACCACGCAGAGGUCACCGAUUUACAUACCUGUGGCGGAGUUUGCCGACGGGGACAUAGAGACUGCUGAAAGUCAGAAUAUCGGUACUCAUCUCGCGAACCUAAAUCACAACUACUUAGCGGAAACUCGUCACAAAGUCGCGUCCAGCCUGGCAGAUGGUAUCCCAAUCUCUCCAGGUGAAGUGAUCACCGCGAACAGCGACGUGAUCAUUGGUAAACCCGGAAAAAUGGCGCCAAGACCUCCACAAACGUACCUAAAAGACGAAGAGCACAUUGGAAUGAAACCACCCCCGCUACCAGUUCCCAACAUUCCAGUUCAUCCGGUUCUCGAAGUGCUUGAAAAUGAUCGAGAAGACUCGCAGCCGCAACAGACGCGUCACAAGGGCCCGCAAAUACAAAUAUAUCCGUCUCACCAAAUCUACGAGGAACACCUGAAGAUUCCAGUUUCGAGACCCGUCGACACGAAUCCUGUAUUGGCGCCUAAACAACCCCAAAAGUUACACCCCGUUCAAUCAUCCCCGCCGAAGAGAAUAGGAUCGAAGCAGGACGUGUUGGAGAAUGAUCCAUUACUGAAGCCACCCGACAGACCUAACGUGGAACAAUACGUGAACCCGAAUUCGAAGGAGCCUGAAUGGAGUCCUGAGAAGUCGAGGAGACCCUGGAGCGCGAAGGAUCCUUUGAAGCUUGCUUCCCACCAUCCGCAGUUCGAUCAAAAAAUGGACUCGGCGAAAACACCGAUAGAAAAGCCGUGGCCAACAGUUCCAUCUGAAGAUCAGAAACGACCGCCAUGGGCCCACAGGGAUCACCUGAUCCCUGAUUCUCCCGUUGUCAUACAGGCGUCGGAGUCGAAACCCACGCCAUCGGAGCCGAUCGUUCAUCAAGUGCCUCACAUCAUCGACAGAUCAACAGGACAACCGUUGUUGGUCAACAUACAGCCAAGUCAGGUGGCGAACGUGGUGAUUCCUCAGGGUGGGACCCAGGCGUUGAUUUUCGGCGACACCAGCGAGCCUCAUAUAAGCGGGCAAUACUUCGAUGAACCUUCGCCCUACCCUGAGUCUGAAGUUGGUUUAGGAUUUAUUGGGAUGCAGAGGGUGGAAGAUCCGCAUAAGUACUCUAAUGGAAAUGAUCCAGCGGAUUAUAUGGUCCCACCGUCUCCACCCCUAAAUUUCAAAAAUCCAUCCGAGAAACCAGGCUCCUCGAAUCGACCAGCCGCCAUUCCAUUGUCGCCGGAUCGUUUCAAUUACGACAGACCGCAAGACAAGUUCGAAUCCCCUGUCGGUAGACCCGAAAAGAAACCGUCAGACGUCCAUCUGAUCAGACACUCUGACGGUUCCGGUGGCCAGGGUCACGUUCACACGGAGAUUUUGGUUCACCACAGACCAGAAACCGUGAACAUACGACCGCAAAACGUGCAUCAUUCACCUACUCACGGUCAUCUACCACCUCGCGGGCAAUUCCCGAAGGUUCCACAGCCUGGCGAUUCUGGUACACCGCCUAGAAGAAUCGAAGUGUCGAAUCCAUCGGAUAAUUCCCACAGAUAUAUUCUAUUGGCCAAACCGGAUUCAGGAAACGAGAUCGUGUUGAACCCAACCUGGAAGGACAAGAAACCACCGCGGAUUCUGGUGAACAAUAGAUUCAGGCCGCGUCCGCCAAUAUGGUCCACGACCAGAAGUCCUCUUGAGAGACCAAUCUUUGUGGACAGACCGAAUAUCAGGAAGCCUGUUUACGGUGGCCCUCAAAGACCGCCUCAGAAGCCGCAGAACCCCAACACCUUUGUGCUUUCCCAUCGACCGAAUCCUCAAGUUCAUCAUGAACCUCCGAGGAAAUCUACUUCGAGACCGAGUGAUGGUGAGAUGGAGGGAACAACCGAGAAGCAGCCUUCGUUUGGAUCUCCUCCACAGAUCGAUCUUCAGGACAGACCGCCCCAUUUCUACCCUGAGAACAAAAGACCACCAAGCAUCACGCCAUUCAGACCCCAAACAGAGAAAACCGAGGAGCAAGUGCCAACAGGAGCGAUAGAGUACCACAAUCCAUCGAAUCCUAAAGUGAAACCGGAAGAUCCGAAGCCAACUGUGAAUAGUCAGGUCCAGAAUCUCGGUCAGAUUCUACCUAAUGGAGAGGACCAGCCUGAAUCCUGGCCAAGUGAUUCGCAAACGGAGAAGACAAUCGACUCCGAGGUUGGUGCCUCGGAAUACGUCAAGUACCAUAAUCAGGUGAAAGUGGUGCAAGAACCAGAGCAGCCAAAGAAUGACGAAUUUACUCAUGUUCAAGCUAAGAAUGUAACGUUGAAUGGGAACGCAGUGUCUGGUAAUAUCGUGAUUGGCAAGCCGGUCGGGUCAGAUCAAACUCCGGACCAGGAAGGGAAACCUGUUUGGUUGACUCCAGGGGCGCCGUUCAGUCACAAGAACGAAGGUUCACCUAGCCAAGGUGUGUCUUACGGGUCCACUUAUUACAACACGAGACCCAACGAUAUGGCGAUCGUCCAAGGGAAACCGUUUGGUGUCUACCAUGGUCACGAAGAUGGAUCGCAGUAUGGUAACAAAAGGAUAGAAGGCAGACCCGACUUCGAUAUAGUGCAGGGUGUACCAACAACUUACUACGGGAACAAGAAACCAAAUGACAAGCAUCAUCAAGAAGCAUCUACUUUCCGACCCCAUGAUGACACCAUAGACCUAAGGCCACCAGCGAUCAUCCCGCAAUUCGUACCAGAAGUGGAAAAACCUAGCAUGUAUCCAAGACCGCCAACAGUCCACAAAAUCGAGACCAGACCGAUUCUGUACCCCAGACCAGAUGUUACAAACUAUUCACCUGAGAAGAGACCGGAUCACGUGAAGCCACACAUGGAAGCUAAACCUGGAAUGUUAGACUCGUUUGCCAAUAACAGUUUAGUUCACGAGAUCAAGACAAAUCGAAAUCAUUCACAGUUAACUGGCUUUGUAAACCUGAACUGGGAGAGUGGAACGAAGGUUACCGAGCAUCGACAAGACGAUUCGAGGCCUCACGGUCAGGAGGCUCCAUCUAAUAAAACUGACAUCGUCAGAAUCAACUUUAGAAACAAUACCGUGCCGCAUAAGUCCGAUGACCGUCCUCAGUCGAACUCGGACAUAACGAGACCAGUGUUCGACAAGAAUCGUCCUAAGGUGACGUAUCCGGAAUACAAUCCAGGAACGAGGAUUCACCCCGAGUAUCCCCACAUCAUCACCAAACCAAAGCCCCAAGUACCAGGCCCGAUAACCAUCUCGUCAAGCAACUCGAAGCCGGACGCUAGGCCGAAUAUAAGAUUCUCAUUGCCUGUUGAGGUUGUAGGCCAAGAAGUGGACAGCAAGACGCAAACCGAACGACCACCGAGUAUAUUGAUCACAGCGAGUAAUCUAAACGAGAAGAAGAAGAAGAACGACGAGUCUCUGGAGACUGCAUAUCAGACGAACUUUGCCGCAUCAGGUAUAGACAACGGUGAUUCGAUCAAGCAUGACACAAAGACCAGAAUCAGGCCCGUUGAGUCGUCCACCGGGGACAUGUUGAGUAUAGAAGGAGUGAACGUGCCGUCUAGAGACAUGAUGCCUCCGCCUUUAAGACCCACGAUGCCGAAUCAGUCGAACAAAGACGAAGAGGAAGGUCUGAAGCCUCCUCCAAUUCCCUCGCACGAUGUUGUCGGAUUGUCACCGCCACCGGUCGAUAUAACCACAACCAGCGGACCCAUGGAGGAUCGAUUCCCCUUCUCGACCGCAAAUGAGUCUGGCCUGAAGCCUCCACCGAAGUAUAUUCCUUUGAAGGAGACAUCCGUGGCGCCUUUGCCAAGCGUCAGCAUGGUUCCACCCAGCCCUAGACCUUCUGUCGUAAGGCCAUUCAUCGUGGAACUCCUUUCUCAGGACAUGGUACCUCCUCCUCCAGCGACACAGACCACCAGACCACUCGAAGUAGCUACAGUUAGGCCUGCAGUUGCGGUCUCCGGCUCCAUUCAGAUCGCCACUGCUGUAGCGACCUCCCACAUACCGGUGGUCCACGAUAUCGAAUCGAAGAUACCGAUCAUACACGGCACCGUCGAUCUUCCAGUUGUCGUGGACGUGCCUGAGAUUCUCCGACCAGCCGAGACCAAGAUGACCGAGCACGUUAGCAUCUACACCGUUCGACCGUUCGACACCAGGCCAGUGUCCAGAAUAUCUAUCCAACCAACCCCGAUGCUGUCGACGAAUCUAGUGGUCCCGACGAAAAUGAGACCUCUGCAAGUGGAUCACAUACAACCGAGCAGAUCGUCGUCCACGAGUCGAGACGUCGAACCAACGAAGUAUACCUUCGAUGUACCCCGUAAUCCCGUGAAACGUCCGGAGCAUCCGGUGUUUUUGGAAUCGAGCCACGACAAUGUACUGCCGUCGACCAGAGUGGAGCCGACCGAGUCUUUGAGUCCAGCGACCACCACCGCCCAGAAGAAGGACCAUCAAUUCACGAUGAAGGACGAGAGCACAAAGGUGCUCCCGACGCAGACGACAGAGGUGAAACGAAAGAACGAGACGACGACGGUCCAGGAAUUGCCCAGCGUAGCGACCAGGAUCGACAGUUCGAUAACGAAAGUGACGAGCACGUUAUUGGAGAAUCAUGACAGAAAGAACGGGUCGGUGACCAAGAUCACUAAGAAUGUUCCUGGCACCUCGACCCGCCAAGCUGUUAACGGGUCCAUCACCACCAAGCAGAUGAAACCCAAGGAGGUGACACGUUUCCAAACGUCGACCAUAACAAGAACAGAGACCUCGGUUCUGGGCUCUCCACCGACGACCAGAACCCUCCUCCUCACUCACACACUGACAUCGACCACAAUCGAGACAGUAACCGAGACCUUGCUACGUCCAACCAGCGUGAUCUCCACAAUAACAUCGACCAUUUUGCAGUCGAUAGUGACCAGGAUACCAUCGUCCUAUGAGAAUGUAGAUAACGACUCCAUUUUCGUGGUGAUGAGCGACCAGAAACCACCUGCGCCUGGAGCCGAAGAGGUCGAGGCCGAAUACGGCGAUAUCUCGAGGGACGAACAGGACCCGACCGGAAACGAAAUUCACCGAGUCCUGGCCGGUGGUGUCCUUGGUGCACCUGUUGUGUCCAUUCAACCUGUUGUCAAUCAGUGCACACCGGAAUGCAAAGCCUCCAAGUCAGAGAUUUGCGCGGAGCUCGAGGGCGAAAUGAGAUGCAUUUGCCGCCCUGGUUUCGCGAGAAUGUUCCCCGAUCGACCUUGCAAACCGACUUACACCUACACUCUACAAGUGGGUCUGGACCGUAUCGGCCAGGAGCCAGUGAAUUAUGAGUCCAGCACAAACGACACCGCGUCUACAACCUACAGAAGACUGCUAGGCCCGACCAAGGACGCGUUAGACAGAACUCUGAUGCAGAGCGAUUUAAGAGAUAUUUACAGAGGCUUGAAGAUCGCUGGUUUCACGCCGGAUCCAACAAAGGUUGAAUUCCAUGUACAGCUCAGCGAUAAUGCCAAUGAGACGAGGUUGAAGGAGGUACUUCGGAAGUAUCUGAUCGGUAGCAAUUAUAGCUUGGGAGGCACCGAGGUCUACGCCUCGAAAAACCUCGACAUGAUCAAUGCGAUCGAUUUCGACGAGUGCGGGACAGAAGAAGGAGGUCCUCAUCACGACUGUUCACCGAACGCGGCAUGCUUCAAUUUACGAGGCUCUUAUCAAUGUUCCUGCAAAGAGGGCUGGGCCGAUCUGUCCGAGAAUCCAGUCUAUCCCGGAAGAUUGUGCUCCCAGGCUCCGUUGGGUUGUCCCAGUUGCAACAACAAGGGACACUGUGUCACGAACACAAACGGACAGGAAGUCUGCGAGUGUUUCCCUUGGCACAGCGGUCAGCGCUGCCAGGUGAAUCUGAAAGUGCUACUGAUAGCUCUGGUUACGACCGGGGCAAUAUUACUGGGUCUUCUGGCUGUGUGCGUGGGCAUGGCGUGCUUCCGUCACCCUGGCCGAAAACGGCAGACCGGCGACAGAAGGGCUAUGAUUCCAGGAACGAGCGGCGACACCAGUAGCGAGGGCAGCGUCACAGAUCUGGCGAUUCCUCACCACGUGCCGCACGUCCUGCCACCACCGCCCCAGAUGAUAGCGCCGAUGCCGCCUAGCAAACGACCGGUCCGGAAGAUGAGCGGAAAACCUAGGCAACCACCGAGGAAGGCGACAAUGGUGUCUGCUUCAGUGCCGGUAAACGACGAGCAACGAGAUCGUUCACUGACUGUGAUGAUCCCUCGCGCUAAAUAUCGAUCGGCCCCGCAGUCCCCGCAGCAUUACAAGUCGGGAAUGAGUACAUUCUCGACAGAAGAGCACAAACUGCUCAGCUAUCUCGAUAACGGCACGCACAGCACCGGAAACAGGAAGCAAAGUAUAUCCAGCACGAAGGACUGUAAGGAGGCCGAUGUGCAGGUCAUCAGAACACCAGCGGCACCGACAGGCGCUCUAGUUAGCGCUGGUUUCCAGGUUUCGGCUACAGUGACCCGAACAAUGGACGCUGACUCAACGUUGGCACGUUCCUGCGGCGAGACCACGGUGGAAGCAGCGACCAAGGUUUUACGAACGGGAGAUCUACCGGGUGAUCUUGGCUCGACUCUUGCCCGCUCCUGCGGCGAGACAACCAUACAGGCGCCCACGAAGUUACUCAGACUGGAUCUAGGGGAGGCUGGCUCGACGCUCGCCAGAUCAUGCGGCGAGACGACGAUCCAGCCGCCGACAAAAGUCGCGGACACACGCAGGAACAGCGUUAAAGACAACAGAGACACACGUGACAGUGCCAGCGAGGGGCACACAAUGGCCGAGAGGGAUCUGGGAAGCACUCUGAGACUUCCGGCCCAGCAUCCGCCCCUUUAUAGCCCGGACAGGGCUAGCGAUCGAGAAUCGAACUUCGACUCCCUCUAG